GCUUUCCACCAUAGGACCGCGGGCCAGUAGAAUGGCGGGUGGCGGUAGGGGCUGCGUGGCGCUCCGCGGGGCUCAGAUCCGGGACCUGCUGGACGCCAAACACAACGUGCUGUUCGACUGCGACGGCGUCAUUUGGAACGGAGAAACGGCUGUUGCCGGAGCCCCGGAGGUGGUCAGUCUCCUGAAGCAGCGCGGGAAGCGCGUGUUCUUCGUCACCAACAACUGCACCAGGCCGCGGGAGAACUACGUGCAGAAGUUCAGCCGCUUAGGCUUCGCGGAUGUGGCGGAGGAGGAGAUCUUCAGCUCGGCGUACUGCUCCGCUGCUUACCUGCGGGACGUGGCGCGGCUGCAGGGGAAGGUGUACGCGAUCGGCGGCGGCGGUGUGCUGAAGGAGCUGCGGGACGCCGGGGUGCCCGUGGUGGAGGAACCCGCCGAGCAGGAGGAGGGCACCAGCAUCUACAACUGCCCGCUGGACCCCGACGUCAGGGCGGUGCUUGUGGGCUACGACGAGAGCUUCACCUUCAUGAAGCUGGCCAAAGCCUGCUGCUACCUGCGGGACGCCGAGUGCCUGUUCCUGGCCACCGACCCGGACCCCUGGCACCCACUCAGAGGAGGCAGGAUCACCCCGGGUUCUGGCAGUCUGACGGCGGCUCUGGAAACGGCCAGCAGCAGGAAGGCCACAGUGAUCGGGAAGCCCAGCCGCUUCAUGUUCGACUGCAUCUCCAGUCAGUUCGACCUGGACCCGUCCCGCUCGCUGAUGAUCGGAGACCGGCUGGAGACGGACAUUCUGUUCGGCAGCAACUGUGGCCUUUCCACCGUCCUGACGCUCACCGGCGUCUCCACCCUGGACGAGGCUCAGCGCUACCGGGACAGCCAGAGCCCCGAGCAGAAGGACUGCGCGCCGGAUUUCGUGGUGGAGUCGGUGGCGGAUUUCCUGCAGGUGCUGGAGGAGGAGUGAAGAACACGGACUCUGAUCAAUCCUGAUGCUGUUCUCCACGCCU